CCCCUCCACGUUCGACCCAUCUGAAACCACCCUGUCCCUCGUAGAACACCCUCCUUUACUUUAUUGAAUUUCGAGGAUAGCCGAAAGGCAAGCUAACUUCCCUAAUUUUGACACCCGUUUUGUUUAACCCGUCGCCAACCCGUUCUCGAACGCUACCCUUCCCAGAGUCCAUGAGCCGCAAAAUGUCGAACGGGGCAGAUGAAGAAUUGGACGAAUUCCUAUUUGAAAAUGGGACCGUCAGGCUCAGGAAUCCACAUAUUGAAUUGAUGGACCAAGACAUCCUUUACCACUUGGCUUUAGGAAGUGGUUCUCAUGAUCUCGUUGAAAUGUUUGGAGACAUCAAGUUUGUGUGCAUGGGAGGGACACCAAAGAGGAUGGAACAAUUCGCCUAUUACAUAAUGGGUGAAAUCGGGCAUAAACUUCCAGCUGGAACGAUGCUUCAGGAUAUAAGCCAAUUCUCGUACCGGUAUUCAAUGUACAAAGUAGGACCGGUCCUUUCAGUUAGCCAUGGAAUGGGCAUUCCUUCAAUUGGUAUUCUGCUGCAUGAAAUGAUCAAGCUCAUGUACCAUGCAAAAGUGAAAGAUCCUGUGUUCUUCAGGAUAGGAACAAGUGGAGGAAUUGGAUUAGAAGGAGGCACUGUUGUCAUUUCUGAACAAGCUGUUGACGGGUUGAUGAGACCGUUUUUUGAACUCCCUGUCUUGGGAAAGGUCAUUCAAAGACCAGCCAUUCUUGACAAAAAAUUGGUGAGAGAAUUGAAAGCAUUACAUUCCAAUGAAGAUCCUUAUGAUGUGAUGAUAGGCAAAACAUUGUGCACCACAGACUUCUAUGAAGGUCAGGGAAGAUUAGACGGCGCAUUCUGUGAAUUUACAGAAGCAGAUAAAAUGGCUUAUCUUGAAAAAGUUCAAAAAGCCGGUGUUGUCAACAUGGAGAUGGAAUCACUCGUGUUUGCUGCGCUUACACACCAUGCUGGCAUAAAGAGUGCUGUAAUCUGUGUUACAAUUGUAGACAGGCUAAAAGGUGACCAGAUACAUGUUCCAAAGGAAGUUUUGGAUGAAUGGCAAAACAGACCACAAAAAUUAGUUUCACAGUACAUCAAACGUUUUUUGCAGACGAAAGGUCGAUUUAUGGAUUCCUUUUGCAUUUCGCCAUGCAGUCCUUGUGUCAAAAGCCCAAGAAGGUUUAAGUUGGUGCAGCAAGAAUCUGAAAAUUAUGAUUAAGAAAUAAAUAAAAUAAUACUGGAUAUAUCAAAGGCAGAGAGCCGUUUCUGCAAUGCAGCAAAGCAUUGCUUGAAUUUUGCAACACUAUAAAAUAAUAAAAAAAUGAUAUAUGUGCAUUUGAAUGAAAUCACUGACAAUAUUUUAAAGCAUAUUUUUUCUCUCAUUUAAUAUGGCUUUUAUUUUUCCCUGACUUAAUUUGGUAAUGUUUCUGUAAAGUAUGAUUUGUUCUGCAAUUUGAAGCCUUCACCUUCGGACUCCAUACAUUUUUGUGAUUAAACUUUUCAUAAUGACCCACACAUCACAAAAAUGUAUUGUAUAUAAAUGUUCUUUUAUUGCCUAAAAAUGUACUCUGCAUCAAUUCAUAUUCGCUUCUAACAAUUUUUGCUAUAUAUACCAAGCACUAACUUUGUGUGUUCUACUUCUAUUAUAUUAUCAUACUAAAAACUACUAAGAUCCAUAUAUUUAAGAGAUCGCAUAUUAAUUGUAAAUAAAUAUAAAAAAUAAUUUUAUUAUGCUAGUUGAUGUUAUAAACGUUCUAUAUAUUAUUGCCUUUAAAAUAAGUGUGCCAUAUGAAUUGCCUUAUGAAAAUCUUCCUGUUUAACGUCACCAAGGAAGAUUGCAAUUGUUAAUCAAUGUUUGUAGCCAUCAGAAAGUUAAUGUUUAUUAUGACUGUUAUUAUGCUUUCCAAUGCAAUACAAAUUGUGUUAUUAUUUUAUAUAAAAGACAAAAGAAUGGAUAGUCUUUGGCAUAGAAAUUUUCUAACUGACUAAUUAGAAAACAGCAAUGUUUGUAUAAAAGUAAAAUGACAUUGCUGCGUUUAGACUUUUACAGUUGUUAGUAGAAUUCUGGUUAUUGUUGUUAGCAAUAGAAAAUCGAUAUUAUUGAGCAUGAAUGUACAAUGCAUUGUAUCCUAAGAAAAUUGACGUUACUGGUUACUGUGACGUUGAAAUAUUAUCUUGAAAAGUGAAAACUACAGAAACUUGAUGUAAUUGUUUCUGUUGAUUUAAAAAUUGAAAUAUUAAGGAAGCGUCUUAUAUUUUUUCUUUUUUUUUUUCACUUGGAUAUGUAUGCUCUGGAAAGGACGGACAGGCCUAAUACUCAAACAACGACAUAUCUGGUGCAUUUAAAACAAUCAAACAAAAAUAAAUUAAAUUAAAAACAAUAACCUUAAUUUUAAUUUUGUGAUAAAAAUUAUUCUAUAUGGAUACAUAAAAUUGUUACUCUUGCAAAUA